AUGAGUAAGGUUGGAAUUUGUAACCAAUGCAACAAUACCGCCAUUGCCGGCUGUCGUGUUGAGACCGAGGAUGAAUUAGUGUUAGAGGAUAUGGAGGCUUCCAACGUAACCAGGCCAGUUCAGUUUGAAACAGAAAAUGAGCAUAGUUUAACCGGCGCAGUCUCCGGAGCCCUUAAGACAACAAUGAACAGUAGCAACAAAGGUACUGAUAUCAAGGUCCCUGACAAGAGAAAGCAGUGGACAAGGGAACAAAAGCUCGAGUUCAUAGAUCUCUACAAGAAAUACAAGAACAAGGCAAAGGCCGCUAAAGAGUUUAAAGCUCGGUAUAAGUUCGAAGUGAAAUAUAAUGCACAUAUAAUCCAUGGAUCAACCAAGAACAUAAACUUAGAAAUUCAAAGUAACAAUCGAAAAAGGCAGGAGCUGGUCGGUAUGCAGCUUUCCGGACGUGGAGAAGAGAUUAUUUGA